UUUUGUGGUUACUCUUUUAUUUGGAAAAAGCAACUCGGAAAAAUACCUUGAACAGUGUGAACAUUCGUUUCUUCCUUGUACAUCAGUUGGGAUCCCUAAGUGCAUAGAAGAAAUGAAACGUGAAGCCAGACCUAUUAAGAUUGACAGAAGACUGACGGGUGCAAAUAUUAUUGAUGAGCCUUUGCAACAGGUAAUCCAGUUUUCCCUGAGAGACUAUGUGCAGUAUUGGUAUUACACACUAAGUGAUGAUGAAUCGUUUCUUCUGGAAAUCAGGCAGGCUCUUCAGUAUGCACUUGUGCAGUUUUCUGCUAGGUCAAAGGAAACAGACUGGCAGCCUUAUUUUACUACACGACUUGUUGAUGACUUUGGCACUCAUCUUCGAGUUUUCAGAAAAGCUCAGCAAAGAAUAGCAGAGAAAGCUGAUCAGAUGAAGGACCAAGCUGAGGAACUUGUAGAUACAUUCUUUGAGGUUGAAGUUGAAAUGGAAAAAGAAGUCUGUCGUGAUCUAGUCUGCACUUCUCCCAAAGAUGAAGAAGGGUUCCUAAGGGAUCUGUGUGAGGUUUUACUGUAUAUAUUGCUACCUCCUGGAGACUUCCAGAACAAGAUCAUGCGAUACUUUGUCAGGGAAAUCCUCUCCCGAGGAAUUCUUCUUCCAUUAAUCAACCAGCUCAGUGAUCCUGAUUAUAUUAAUCAGUAUGUCAUAUGGAUGAUUCGUGAUUCCAACUGUAACUAUGAGGCCUUUAUGAAUAUUAUUAAAUUAAGUGAUAAUAUAGGAGAGUUGGAAGCGGUGAAAGAUAAAGCAAGUGAAGAACUGCAAUAUCUUCGAUCUCUAGAUACAGCAGGAGAUGAUAUCAACACUAUAAAAAAUCAAAUAAACAGUUUAUUAUAUGUUAUUAAAGUAUGCGAUUCAAGAAUUCAGAGGUUGCAGUCAGGAAAAGAAAUAGAUACUGUGAAACUGGCAGCAAACUUCGGAAAACUUUGCACAGUCCCUUUGGACCAUAUUCUGGUAGACAAUGUUGCACUACAAUUUUUUAUGGAUUACAUGCAGCAGACUGGUGGCCAAGCACAUCUGUUUUUCUGGAUGACAGUGGAAGGAUACAGGGUUACGGCACAGCAGCAGCUGGAGGUACUUCAAAGCCGACAGAAAGAUGGAAAACAUCAGACUAAUCAAACCAAGGGUUUAUUAAGAGCAGCUGCAUUUGGAGUUUAUGAGCAAUAUUUAUCAGAAAAGGCAUCUCCAAGAGUUAAUAUUGAUGACAACUUAGUAGCAAAACUGGCAGAAACACUGAACCAUGACGAUCCAACACCUGAAAUAUUUGAUGACAUUCAGAGAAAGGUGUAUGAAUUGAUGCUGCGAGAUGAAAGAUUCUACCCUUCAUUCAAACAGAAUGUGUUGUAUGUGCGGAUGUUAGCUGAGCUGGAUAUGCUAAAGGAUCCUAGUUUCAGAGGAUCAGAUGAUGGUGAAGGAGAAUCUUUUAAUGGGUCUCCUACUGGCAGCAUAAAUCUGUCCUUAGAUGACCUUUCAAAUGUUCCUUCUGAUGAGACAGUUCAACUCCAUGCAUACAUCUCGGAUACUGGAGUGUGUAAUGACCAUGGCAAGACAUACGCACUGUAUGCUAUCACAGUCCAUCGGCGAAAUCCAAACACAGAAGAGACAUGGAAGACGUACCGACGCUACAGUGACUUCCAUGACUUCCACAUGAGGAUCACUGAGCAGUUUGAAAACCUUGCAAAUAUACUGAAACUUCCGGGCAAAAAGACAUUUAACAAUAUGGACAGAGAAUUUCUGGAAAAGAGGAAAAAAGAUUUAAAUGCGUAUUUGCAG